AUGAACAUCAACAAUGUUUUGAUGCUCACUGGAACAAACUUUAGAGCCUGGAGAGAUUCGGUAGAGCGUUAUAUGAUGAUGCAUGAGAAUAUAGACCUAGUCUUUCAUGAGGAUGAACCUGAGGCAUUAACUAAAGAUAGUUCAGCUGAGGAGGUUAAGGCAUUUAAAGCCUGGCACAGGUCAAAUAGAAUGGUCAAGAACACCAUUAGGAACACUAUGUCUGACACUGUAAGAGGUAGUGUAGAAGAACCUGACUUGGCUACUGACUAUAUGGAGGCCAUUGAGAGAAAAUUUAAAGAGAGUGAGAAAGCAGAGGCUGCAAGAUUGUCUAAGGCUUUCCAUGAGCUGAAGUAUGAAGGAUUUUGGGGAGUUACAUAG